AUGCCAACCCCGCGCUACGCCCAGGCAGGCGUGCGCGCGGCGCACCCAUCGCAUGGUACAAAGGCGCCACACAAGCGACGUGCGAGCGGCCAACCCGCCUCCGACGUACCGCUCGCAGACCCCGUGCCCAUCGAGGACUUUCCACCACCAGCUUGGCGUACUGUUCUCAACUCUCGCGCCGACCUUGGAUACCCAGACUUCUACCCAUCUCGGCCCGGGUUCUCGCAGCCUGAAGAUGAGAUGACCGACGCGUUCGUCAAGUCGGGGUUCUCGCUCAAGCCAGCUGUCAAUGUAACGGCGGAGAGCUUCUCCAUGCACGGCCCGGUGUAUCAGCAGCUUCAGACCGGCGGGUUGGAGCGACUGAUGGAGCUCGGUCGUGAGAUCAUUGCGCAGCGGAAUGCUACCAUGCCCUCGUUCCAGGAGAGGGCGUUCCGUAUACCUGUGCGCGUGACAUACAAUGACACGAAACGGUCACAGUUCAUCGCCGACCUGGCCAACCCCGCAAUUCCACUGACGCGCCUCAUGCGCAACCCGGUUCCCCAUGGGUUCAAAGGCGUUGAGCUCCUCGAGACCAUGUUCCACCCUCCGCAGCCGGGGAUGCGCCCUGGCGCUGUUAGUGCUGCUGGCAAGCCCCUACCUGAGCCGAUCCCAAUCGACAGGGCACUGUGGUUCAUCCGAGUCCUUGGAGCCAACGAGAUCAGCGCACACCGCGGGCGAGCGCAGCCGGCGUCGUCGAUGCAGGUACCCAGUCCAGCCGCGGUUACCCCUAGUUCGACUGCCACAUCCGCACCAGCGCCCUUGCCGCUCAACUCGAACGACUGGUACACCGCAGAGUUCACUACCGCUUUUACUGCCUGGUUGCGAAUGCAGCUUGCACAACUCGUGUUACCCACCAAGCCGAAGUCUGGCGCUGGGGUACUGCCACCGCCCAAGACACCGACCGGGGUUCUAGGAGACGAGAAGAGUCGUGCCCGUUGGCUCGCAAAGUGGCAGUACACCAACAACCUUCUCAAGCAGCUCUAUCGCAAGCGCCUCGUCUCCCCGCGGCAACUCGUGGGAUGGCUCUCGGACUUCCUUGGCCAAGCCAACUUGGCCCAAAUCGGCUUCGUCGCCAAGUUAAUCCAUGAGAACCUGGUCGACGUGGCCGAGAACCCGAGUAUCUCACGACAUUGCGUGCGCUCGGCUUGUGUCAAGAUCAAGGAGAUUCGCGCUUCACCUGCCAAGGACACAAUGACCAAAGUCGACGAGCAGCUCACGGCGAUUGUGCGCGUGCUGUAUCAGUCUGACCCCGAGGUCAUGCUCUCUCCGACAACGUGGGUCCGCUUCUCUUUGCUCGUCGGUACGAUUGUCGACUCGACCACGCCCGUCUGGACGGACCUUGAGCGCCGCAACACUGCGCUCAUGUUCAUGCCCAUCGUCGUUGAUCCCGGGCCCAGUCCCAGGCGACAGCAGAUGGCCGAGAUUCACAUGCUCGACUCGAUCUGCGCAGAGACGGACAUGUCGGCACUGUGCAAGGCGUACUUCAGCGGGCCAUGCGCCCCGACUAGCCCCAAGAUUGACGUGGCUAAACUCGAGGAGAAGGUCUUCAUCCUCGUCAACUGGGCCAUGGGCCUGUACCAGAUGGGCGUCCACCGGCCGUACGCCGUAUACACGAUCCUCAAGAAGUGGCAGCAAUGGCAAGAAGAGAUCCGACCGAACGACCAUUUCGACUUCUUCCCCAUCUUGUACCAGUGGCUCGACACUUCGAUCCCAGCGCGAAAGGCGGAGAAUGUCCUCCCGAUCGGCAUCUCCUUUGGCGAGCUCACCCGCCAGGGUCUCUUCUCGUAUGGGCGGUACCUGAACAGGCUCAUCUCGCAUGGACACAGCUCUCGCUUCGCAAACGGCAAGGGCCCCAUCUCGCACCACAUUGAGCUCUUGCGUGUGAUGCCAAUUUUCGUCGAAGCGCCCGAUCUGCUCGAACAACGUCGCCUUGUACUCAGCGGCGAUGGCGAGAACCGCGAUCGCGAGCAGGCCGAGGAAGACAAUCAGCUCGAAACGUUCCGCCAGGAGAUGAAGGAGUACGUCCCGGAAGUGUUCGGUCUGCGGCGCUACGGCAAGAGUGCCUUCAUUCGCGAGAGUAUCGACUACGCAAUCCCUAUGGCAGCGGGCGUCACACGCUUCGAGUUCGUCCACAGCCGCUUCUGGUUGUAUGCGGCGGCCGUCCACCACUUCAAGCGGCAGGGCUCACAGCCGCCGAUGGACGGCAGCACGUACGCACGUGUCAUGAACGUCUUCAUGCAGUGCCGCGGGUACUCGACUUUGGCAGACUUCCUGGUCAAGGGCAUUACCGCCACCGAGGACCCCGAGAUUCUCCUCAUCAUCCUCGACUCGAUAAAGCGCGAUGCUGACGUGUGGACGUCUAUCGACAGAUGGAACCAGAUCACAUCCGCGCUCGUGGCCCGCUUCCGUGCCAUGCAGAGGCGUGGCGGGUUCUGCGCUCCUCUCGUCGCUGUCCUGCAAAUGCUCGUGCAGCACCACCGCCUGGUCGAUCCGUCCGCCGAGGCCGAGGUGCUGAACGCCAGAGAGCGACAUAGACGCGCGUCUCCAGAAACUCCCGCUAUUGCUGUCGACAUAGACCAGAGCAUGGAGGGGCUGCGUCAAGUCAUCACCACUGGAAGUGUUGACAAGGCCAUCACGCUCGCGUCUAAGAUGUUCGCUCGGCACGGCAAGUUCGAUCUGUGGUCGGCAACAUGGUGGCAGAGCGUCAUCCAAGCUGUCCAAGCCGGCGAGGCGGGCAAGCCGAACGCGGUAAACGCUGCCGUUGCGCACAUCAGCGAGGUCAUCGAUCUGGCUGGCGACGGAUCUUUGCGCCCAGUGUUCGUCACCUGGGUUGCAUCCCUCACGCCCAAUACCCGGGUCGACCUGUUUGGCAGGCGCUCCGUCCCUCCUGUAGUCCGCAUGCUGCUCAUGCUCAUCGUCAAGCGCAUCCUCGGCUCUCACACGCUCCUCGAGCAGGUGCUCUUCCCUGAGCUGAAGCACGCUGCUUCCCUCGUCUCGGGACCGCACCCGCGACUAUCCAGAAAACGUACGUACGCCGUCGAGUGGGCGGUCACACUCGCGCAGCAGCUCCUCCUGUGCACGCCUCACAGGAGCCUCCCACCUGUAAGCCUACGCGAGGCGUACGUCGUCCAGACCGCGCGCGCGGCUGCGUUCCACGCGUCAAAUGUUGCGAACCUCAUUCAGCACCUCCCCGUCUUCGUCGUCCUUGAGCGGUCCAAACUCGUGCCCGAGAAGACGCGCAACCAGAUCGGUGUCAUCUUCCGCGGUCUCGCGGAGCUGCCGCAGUUCAAGACGGCCGCGUUCCGCAACCUCGACGUGCUAAAGGACGCGUUCUUAUCCAACGACUGGAUCAAGCGUUCAAACGACUCGUCUUUGGAGACUGGUAUGGUAGAAGGUUUAAAGCUUAUGAUGUCGGACAAGCGUUCCAAAGGUUCGGAGGGUCUCCCUACGCUCGAGGGUGGCGGAAAGUACAGCGCCUGGCGGUACACACGCAUUGUGCUCGAGAUGCGGGUCGAGUUCAAACGCCUCACAAUGCGCAUCGCGAACAACGAGGAGCCGCACGAGGCGCGGAAGCAGCUCUCGCAGAUUGUCAAGCAGUCACUGGACCGUGAGGCAACACCGGACGACAUGGACCUGCUCGUCGAGGCGUUCAGGGGUGCCGACUCGGUCGUGGCCCAGGAGAUCUUGGGUGUUGGGCUCGAGCGGCUUGGUGACCUCUUGCAACGCUUGCUUGCUGCCGAGGAUCAGCACCACGUCGAGGAGGCAGCAAGUGCCGUCGACCUCGUCUUACGCGUCAUCAGCAGCAUCGGACGCCAGGAGAAGCUCGAAGCGGCCGCUGCGGUCGCACGCGAUCGUCUCUUCAACCUGCUCACGGACGCAUUCCAGUCGCUUGAGAGACAUGUCUCGAAUGAGGACGACGUGCACAUGUUACCUGGCGCUACACCACCCGAACCAGGAGAGAUCAUCAAGGUGGUUCUUAACCUCCUCCGCUUCGUCCUCUCGAUCCCAUCGACUGAGGUUCACGUCCCGUCGUCGCCGAAGCCGGACUUUAGCUCGCUCGUUGUGGCGUUCUUGCAUCUGGGAGUGGCGCUCUGUGCCCGUUCACAGGGGUACACUGACAUGGAAUCCAUGCGUGAUCUCCUGAUCUUCCUGGUCGACUCGAUUCCACCCAACAGCCAGGCCGCCGUGCAUCACACUCUUGUCUUCGAAGCAUCCACACCUGCUGUGCAAGAUCUGCUGGCCCGAUCGCCGUCGUUCGCCGGCGCCCUUCCUCCACCCAAGACCGACUACCGCGCCAUGUCUCUAUGCGGCUCCUCUGGUCUUAUGGACAGCGACAUGGGGAUCGCCUUGGAUGACAGACCGUGGGAGAUGAUUGAGCAGAUGGUCGACCAAACGCCACUCAAGCACUGCGACAUGUUCUUGACUUCCAAGCCGCUGAAGGACACGUCGUCGAUCCCAAUUGCCCUAUUCAAGCCGCAGGUCACGCGCGACGAGGUACCUGACGCUGCACGCGAGGGUGAACAUCCAUGGAACUACGCGUCGUCCGAGCGCAACCUGGGCAACGGCUUUGGUGGCGAGCCCAUUGCGGCACGCCAAGCCGCAACAGUCCUGUACGCGCGCGGGGAUGGCAACGUUGGCGACCAGCCAACGCUCGCCAUGCCGCCGACGCCAGCCAGAGUUAAACGGCUCAACCCACGCAACAACACGCCUGUCAAGGGUGCUGGAACCAACAACGACCCCAUUUCAAUUGAAUCGGACGAAAGCGAAGGAGAAUCAGUGGAGGAGCAACGGCCCGCCAGCAAGCGCCCUCGCACUGGUUCCAAGACGUCUACUGGAGCGACGCGUCAGGUAACUGGCGGCAAGGCACCGCGCAAGGCCGCGCCAGCGCGCAAAGCGCCUGCCAAGAACGUACGGAGCACGUCGGGCAAGGAAGCGAAAGGGCGGCGCAAGAGUGGACAGGACUAG